GAGCUCGGAGCCGGGGGGCAGCGAGCGGCAUCCCGCCCGCCGCCGCCAGAGCCUGGCGGGAACCCUGCCUUCCUGCCUGCCCCCUGCACACGCUGCCAUCGUUUUUCCUCUCCAGGCUGCACCGCUCCCGGCUCCGUGUCACCCCUCUCCCGGCGGCAGGGACCGGGGCUGAGCCGCCCCCGCGAAAGCAGCACCAUGUGAGCGGGACCUGUGCCGCGGCCGCAGCGGGCACGUCGAGGAUGUGAAGAGCCGCCCGCAUCCUGCACCGCCCGGCCGCCCGCCCCCCGCCACUGCCCAGCCGCCGACUCGUCGGUGUUCAGCGGUACCCGCGCCAGCAUGACCGAGGUGAAGGCCAAGGAGCCCACAGCGCCUCCGCCUGCCAGAGACGGGGCGGUCCUGCUGCAAGGACAGCCCGGCCGAGACCCCUUCCGCAGGGAAGCGGAACCCAUUGACAUCUCCCUGGACGGGCUGCUCUACCCCAAGAGCAGCGACGAGGAGGAGGACGAGGAGGAGGAGGAGGAGGAGGAGGAAGGGGAGGAGGAGGAAGAGCCGCGGCAGCAGCAGCUGGGACAGGAGGAGGGCCGGGACUCCUUCUCCUACCGGCCGGGGAGCGGCUCCCUCUCGGACAAGGACUCUCUGGACACCGUCCUGGACACCUUUCUGGCUCCCACGGCUCAUGCCAGCUCCGCCGUGGCCGCGGGGCCCUGGUCGUUCUUCGAGGUGGAGGCAGCGGAGGUGCCCGACGGCCCGAUGAGCCGCGGCCCCUCGCAGAAGGCGAGCGAAGCGGCCCCAGAGGCGCCCGGUCCGUCGCAGCCCCCGCCGCGACCCACCCCGCUCUGGCCUCCCGGUGAUACCCUGAUAGCCGCCAAGCUGCCGUCGGGGGGCGGCGCGGAGGGUCCCGCCGCGACCCCCAAGGACGAUGCCCCGGGGCUUGUGGCGUUGCCUGGCGGGUCCCGGGAAGGGGACCCGGGGCAGGAAUACCUGCACGUGCCGCUUCUGCCCCUCAAUUCGGCCUUCCUGGCCUCCCGCACGCGGCAGCUGCUGGACGGGGCGGAGUACGAGGGCGGCGGGGUGCCGCGAUGCUCGCCCCCCGCCCCGGACCUGCCGGGGUACGGCUUCCCCACGGGGGAUGCCAAGGAAGGGUCCUUCGCCUACGGCGACUUCCAGCCCGUCCUGAAGAUCAAAGAGGAGGGUCUCGGCCUCGCCACCCGGUACCCGGGCGGCAGGGCCACCCCCGCGGCGGGCUGCUCCGACUACCCCUCGGCUCCGCGGGCCGGGCAGGAGUCCUCGCUGGAGUGCGUCCUCUACAAGGCGGAGCCCACCCUCCUGGCCAGCGCUUAUGGGCCGCCGGCUGCGCCCGACAGCCUCCCUUCCACCUCAGCCGCGCCGCCGGGGCUCUACCCGGCCCUGGGGCUCAACGGGCACCAGCCGCUGGGCUUCCCGGCCGCCGUGCUGAAGGAGGGCUUGCCCCAGCUGUGCCCGCCCUACCUCGGCUACGCGCGGCCAGAUACAGAAACCAGCCAAAGUUCUCAGUACAGUUUUGAAUCACUACCCCAGAAGAUUUGUCUCAUCUGCGGUGAUGAGGCUUCUGGUUGCCACUAUGGAGUACUUACCUGUGGAAGCUGUAAAGUCUUCUUUAAAAGGGCAAUGGAAGGGCAGCACAACUAUUUGUGUGCUGGAAGAAAUGACUGCAUAGUCGACAAAAUCCGUAGGAAGAACUGUCCAGCAUGUCGCUUGAGGAAGUGCUGUCAAGCUGGUAUGGUCCUGGGAGGUCGAAAAUUGAAAAAGUUUAACAAAAUUAAGGUUGUGAGAACGUUAGAUGUUGCACUCCAGCAGCCAGCAACCCUUCAAGAUGAAAGCCAAUCUUUAACCCAAAGGCUGUCCUUUUCUCCAAAUCAAGAAAUACAGUUUGUUCCCCCAAUGAUAAGUGUUUUACGAGGCAUUGAGCCAGAAGUUGUCUAUGCUGGUUAUGACAAUACAAAACCUGAAACACCAAGUUCCUUGCUGACCAGUCUAAAUCAUCUUUGUGAGAGGCAACUUCUUUGUGUAGUCAAGUGGUCUAAAUUGCUACCAGGAUUUCGGAAUUUACAUAUUGAUGAUCAGAUAACCCUCAUCCAGUAUUCCUGGAUGAGUCUAAUGGUUUUUGCAAUGGGAUGGAGAUCAUACAAACACGUCAGUGGUCAGAUGUUAUAUUUUGCACCAGAUCUGAUUCUAAAUGAACAGAGGAUGAAAGAAUCAUCGUUCUAUUCCCUGUGUCUAUCGAUGUGGCAACUCCCACAGGAAUUUGUCAGACUUCAAGUUAGCCAAGAAGAGUUCCUAUGUAUGAAAGCACUGUUACUUCUCAACACAAUUCCUUUGGAAGGUCUAAGGAGUCAAAGCCAAUUUGAUGAGAUGAGAACGAGUUACAUUAGAGAACUGGUGAAGGCAAUUGGUUUGCGCCAGAAAGGUGUUGUGGCCAACUCACAACGUUUCUAUCAACUUACAAAACUGAUGGAUUCUAUGCAUGAUCUAGUGAAACAGCUCCAUCUCUUCUGUUUGAACACAUUUCUCCAGUCCCGUGCACUGAGUGUUGAAUUCCCCGAGAUGAUGUCAGAGGUGAUUGCUGCCCAGCUACCCAAGAUUCUAGCAGGGAUGGUGAAACCUCUUCUUUUUCACAAGAAGUGAAAUGUCUUCUCUUAUCAUAGAGGUGAUUUCUGGGUCAUUUUUUGUUUGUUUAUUUUGGUCAAGAUUUUGCAACAUCAGGACGUCAGUAUAUUUGUCAUACUUACCUUGCCUCCUGCUGUAUACUUGUAACAUACACAAGCCAUUUAAGCUUGUUGUAUAUAUUGUGAGUUUCUGAUUCCUUAACUGCAAAAUCACAACAGUCAUAAGAAAUGUUUGGUAAACUUGGCUAGGCUGCUUUUUAGAUAUGCAUAUGGAUGACAGUGAAUAGACUUUCCGGAUUUCUAACAACAGUUAUACAUUUUUCUUACAUGUUGCACGCUCUUGAAUUUCUGAUAUGACAUGGUGCAAACUUUUUACUUUAGUACAUUGUGUGCUUGGGUACCUGUGGGUAUGUGCAUAACACAAUAUUUUUUAGGAAUUAAAAUAAAUAUUGCCCACAUUUUCUCAUGGAUAUUUAACUUUUUAUUAACUAAUUAGCCUCACAGAAACAGCCUUUCAAAGUCAGCCAUCCAGGAUUAAGCACACAUUACUGCAGUACCUUCAUGAGUAACUGAAGCUCUAGGCAUACACUAUAACACUAUAUAUUCAUAUUCCUGUCUAUGCUCAUGAUGCAUUGAAAUUCUGAGUCCAGCAUACUGUUUUCUACAGCGUUUAGUGCAGCUCUCCUUCAAAAAUCAGAAAUCUUAGGAAAAUUUCAGUGUAUAUUACACCAGAAGUAAUGUGUAUGCAAACCCACUAAGCUUUGGUUUGUGUUAUUUUCCUCAGAAGUCCAGCACUUAUUAAAACUAAAUCACUUAGCUGUAAUCAUAAAUUCAUCAGCUAUAACAUUCUGUAUUUCAGAAGCUUUAAAUCGAGAUGUUUUCACUGACUACAGCUCUUAAUAAUCUUAAUGUUUUGAACUCCAGUGCUGAAUACUCAGAAGGCCAUUAGCAUCAAAUUAGAAUGAGACUAAAUGCAAAAAGAAAUGGAAAAAUGACUGCAAAUAUUUUGAUACAACCAGACUCAUUUCAGUACUAUUUAGUGGAGCUACAUAUUUUAUAUUUUAAAUGCAUGCCAUUAUAAUUGGGGUAACUGUAAAAGAGGAGUUGAACUAAAUUAGCUUUAUACAUUCAAGAAGAAUGAUGUUUUACCAUGGAAAUGAAUAUUUUACUGAAAAAUUACAAUGUGGUGGUGUUUGUUCCCUUGAUAUGGAUAUGAAGCAACUCAUGCAUUUAAGGCACGUAAAUUGUAAAUUGUAGCCAUAUUCGAACAACAGAGAAACAGAUAAAGCUUAAGAAGAAUUUAUGAGUCUAUUAAAAUAUGAAAAAUUAUGCCAGUCACUGGAAAUGAUACUUAAAUGUAGGAAAUGGUGAGUUUUGGAUACUUGCUGGUUGUACGCUUUUGCUUACCCAUUACAUGUUGGAUGCAUCAAUUGUGUGAGCAUGUACUGUUGGUGGUGUGUAGCUUGAUCUGUACAGACAUACCCUUGUCACAUGAACAAAGGCCCAUGGGACAUAAAUUCAGAAUCCCUGGUUAAACCAGGGUGCCCCUCAUUGGAAGUAUAUGAUGUAACUUGUUCAUAAAAAUUACCUCUUGAUUCUUGAAAAAAAUGUUGACAAUUGACAACUAAAGGUAUAUCUAAAGGUAUCCUAACUGGUCAUAAUUUCCAAAAGCCAAUGAAGAAGAAGCUACAUUACAACUGGGGAUAAAACAUUUUAUAUAUUCCCCACAUAGUAGUACAAAACCCACUAGAGUUGGUGUAAAGAUGUGGCCCUCAAUAAGUGAUAUAGGUAGACUUUUGUGUUAUUUGACUAGGUUUAUCAUUUCUGACUGCCCAGACAAGCAAUUUCUUUCAUAUUCAGUACAGUCUGACUUUUAACUGUGAUCCUUAAAGCAAUUAUGUUUUAAUAAAUACCACAAAAUUCUUUGUUUCUAAAUACUGAAGUUUUGUUUUUUUUAUUUUAAUUUGUGUUUGCAUUCAGUAAUUGUGGAUCUCUGUAAAAAAAUCCAUUUCAACCAUUCCAAUUUUGUGUAACAACAUUUCCAUGCAUUCUUUUGGAAUUCAAGCAUUGCUACAUGAUUUACCAUUGAAUAAACAGACUGUCUACGUUA